AUGUAUGUUGACGAUGUCUUAGAUUCAAGCGAGACUAUAGAGAGUGCCCAGAAUCUGCGACGUCAGUUAUCUGACCUGUUGGGUCUGGCAGGUUUUCGGCUGCGGAAAUGGUCGUCGAACGAGCCAUCAGUUGUCGCAAGCAUCCCCGAGAGUGACCGGUUAUCUGCUGUUGAAAUUAACAAAGAAGAGCCGUCUAAAACCAAGACUCUGGGAGUCUUGUGGGAUCCUGAAAGAGAUGUAUUUACCUUCAGAGUGGAACCUCCUGAUGCGAAAAUUAUUUUCUUGUCAGUUCUAGACAAGCAUGCACCAAUAAGAGAAAAGAGAGUAAAAAAUAUACCAAAUAUUCCUUGGCUGACUAAUGCAAUUAAAAAACAAAUACGUGAACGGGAUCGUCUCAAAUUCCUUGCCGUUAAAUAUAAUUCAGAAAAUUACUGGACUGCAUAUAAAACCUCUAGAAACCAUAUAACUAGUACACUGCGAGAAGCAAAAACAGCAUAUUAUAAAGCACAAUUUGAAAGUGUCAAACAUGACCCAAAGAAAGCUUGGAAAACCGUUAAUAAAAUCCUUAACCGGAAACAAGAAUGUCGCGAAAUAUAUUGUAUCCAUACUCAGAAUGGUUAA